ACUCUUUCCUCCCCCUCUUGAGCAUAGGCACGCACCAUGGUUUAAAAUUCGUGUCGGUUUUUUUUGGUUUUCUCAAGCUUUUCGGCGAUGUUUGAGCGAUCGCCGAGGGCGUGAAUGAAAGGCAGGAGCGGAUGUUAUUUCGGGCGGCCGGUGAACAGCUAAGAGCUGAGGCGCGUGGGAAGCCCCUUCUCAAUCGAGAUGGAAUUGGCCUGAGACAGGAGAGGGAAGAAAAGCUUCCUUUCUGUGAGGGUUCAAUGGUUGCAUGCUUCGGAUGGAAACUACAAAGGGUGAUGAUGUCAAAGAAGACUUCCAAAAGAAAGAUAGCUUCAGCUAAAGUGGGUGAUUAUACUUUUGAAAUAUUAACAAAGGUGAUUGACUGGGUGGAGCCAUCUUUUACUGAUUUCUGCAAAAAUACGAAUCCCUCAUCUAGUAUCAUUUACAAGAAGACUCCCACAGAUACUCACCACCAUCAGAAACGAAAAGAACAUUUUUCUCUCCUAGAAAGUAGCAAGAGUGGGAGAAAAAAGGGAAAACCUUCUUCUAGAGAUGAGAGAGAUGAAGUUUCAAAACAAAAAUGCAAUGAAAUUGAACCAUGGGUGGAUAAAUACAAACCAAAAUCUCAGAAUGAACUUGCUGUACACAAGAAGAAAAUUGAAGAAGUUGAAGCCUGGUUAAAAGCUGAAGUAUUUCAAAGGCAGACCAAGCUGGGUGGCUCUAUUUUAUUAUUAACUGGUCCCUCAGGCUGUGGAAAGUCUGCAACUUUGGAAAUAUUAGCUAAAGAUCUUGGGAUUCAAGUGCAAGAAUGGGUAAAUCCUGUAUUGAUGGACUUCAGGAAAGAUGACUUCCAAGAUACUUUGAAGGAUGAUUUUCAGGGACUGCCCUAUCAGAGUCAAACAGCUGUCUUUCAAGAGUUUCUACUAAGAGCAAACAAAUAUACUAAGCUUCAGAUGGUCGGGGACACUGUGAAAACUGACAAAAGACUUAUUCUUGUGGAAGAUGUGCCGAACCAUUUUUAUCGUGAUCCUAGCAGCUUACAUGAAAUUUUGAGAAUGUUUGUGCGAGUGAGCAGAUGCCCUCUUGUGUUUAUAAUAUCAGACGGUGCUAGUGCAGCCAGCAGCCAAAGGUUUCUUUUCCCAAAGGAAAUUCAUGAAGAGCUACAUAUAGCUAAUAUUAGUUUUAACCCAGUGGCUCCCACAAUAAUGCUAAAAGUUCUAAACCGAAUAACUACAAUCGAGGCUAAUACGAAUGGAGAAAAAAUUGAUGUCCCUGCCAAAUCCUCAAUGGAAUUGAUUUGCAAAGGAUGUUCAGGUGAUAUUAGAAGUGCAAUAAAUACUCUUCAGUUUUCUUCUUUGAAAGAGUACUCAUCAAAGAACAACUUGUGGCCACAGAAAAAAGGGAAUUCUUCAUUAAAAUGUGAUUUAUUAUCUAAGGUGAAAAAGAAAUUUGGUAACUCUUUAGAAAGCCAGGAGAUACAAGCUGUCGGUGGCAAAGAUGCAUCCAUCUUUCUUUUCCAUGCUUUGGGGAAAAUACUUUACUGCAAAAGAAAGCAAAUAAUGGAGUUGGGCUUUCCUUGCCUACCGCCUCAUUUAUCAGACUACGAACGAAGCCCUUUGCUUGUUCAACCUGAGGAUGUUAUAGAAAAAUCACACAUGCCUGGGGACUUGUUUAAUUUAUACCUUCAUCAAAACUAUGUAGACUUUUUCUCUGAUAUAGAGGAUCUUGUGAGAGCUAGUGAAUAUCUGAGUGUUGCUGACUUGCUCUGCAGUAACUGGGAUGCACGACCUACACUCCGGGAGUAUAGUGCAUCUGUGGCCACAAGAGGUAUGAUGCAUUCAAACAGAUCUAGAGCCUUUGCCCAUAGCAAAGGAGGAAUGGGCUUUCGACCCCUUCAUAAACCACAGUGGUUCCUAAUUAAUAAGAAGUAUCAGGAAAACUGCACUGCUGCAAAAUCCCUUUUCUCAAAUUUCUGCUUACCACCACUAUGCCUUCAGACCCAGCUAUUACCUUAUCUUGCCCUGUUGACAAAUCCAAUGAGAAACCAAGCUCAGAUUACUUUUAUUCAGGAUGUUGGAAGGCUCCCUUUAAAGAAACACUUUGGAAGGUUAAAACUUGAAACUCUUACUGAUAAAGAUUCUGCCAUUCAAGUCUUUGACAGCGAUGAUGAAAGUGAUUUUGCUAGCAUGCAGUCCCCAAAUAUGAUCCAACUGGAGAAAAACAAUACUAGGGAAAAGAAUGAGUCAGAUGAAUGUCUUCUUUCUGCUAGCCAGGCUCCUGGAAAUGAAUUGCCGUGCAGCCAGCCUCAGCCUGUUACAGCUCAAGCAAUCAUGGAGGAAGAUGAACUAAACAUAGAGGAAUAUGAUAGUGAUUGAACAAUGGAAAACAGCAGCACCAGUGCUGUUUGUUGAAUGUUUUAGUUGAAUGUUUUAUUUUAUAAUAAUUCUUAUCUAGAAAACACUGUGAAAGCUAUCAAUGGGUAACUGUCACUCCAGCAAGUCCUUAUUAAUUUGCCAUGACUCCACGCUUAUUCUUUACAGGGUUACAUCAUGGCAUAUAUCAGGGUGUUUGUUGUACCUCUGAUUUUAUUUGAGUCUACUAUGGAAAGCCCUAACUAUGUUUAAUUUAAGAUUUUGUUCCCUAGCCAUAUGGGCAUGUAUAUGUAACAAUAUUUAGGCACUGAGUUUUUGUCCAAGAGAUGUUUGGGAAAUAUUGUCAAUAGUUCUGUUAAGGUUUCACACAUUUAGCCCUAAUAUGAGAUGACAAAUUACAAAGAAUUUAAAUUCUGGAUUGUGUACUAUUUAAGAUGUAAAUAAACACUGAGGUGUUAAGUUUGUUAAUAAAUAGUACUAUAUGCAAUUCUAGAUGUGUAUAAUCAAAAACAUGUACAGUAUUUUACAUAAUUGGUCUUUUUAUGUUUUGCUAAUUUAUCCAGAACAAUUAAAGUAUGCAAUUCUUUGAACAGUA